AUGCGAACGCAGGAACAUGAGGCUCGGAUCUCGCACUCCGCUGGCCAACAAGCUCUAGAUCACGCAAUUGCUGCUGCCGAGUUGUACAUGAAGAUAGCCAGUGCCACGAAGGAACCAUCAGAAGUUGCUCGGUUGAAACAGAAGAUUACUGACUUGAUCUCCCAAGCGGAGCGCUUGAAAAAAGUUGUUAAGGCUGGAGAUAGCCUUCCCACGAGUGAAAAGAAUAUCUUACUUCGUGGCUCCAAGUUGCAUGGCAACAUAUUUCCUCCCUGGGAGUCAGAUCCCGAUCCGGACGAAUUCACAGGGAGCCUAUUUCUAGAUAAGGCAGACUUCCCACUCUCAGAAAGACAAACCGAAGUUUUUGCCGGCUGGAAAAGGCCGUUCGAGCUUGAAACCUUUCGCGAAGCUGACACUGGUGAUGACUGGGUGCAACAGGGUUUAAUGCCGGCGGUGGAGGAUUAUGAUCUUGUGCAGGACAUAACGACAGAUUGCUCCGUGGUUGCGAGUCUUUGCGCGAGCAUCAAGUAUCUGCGCCCGGGCCCUUCGUCGAUACUUCCAGCUCUGAUGUUUCCUAUCGACUCGGAGAACGGACAGCCAAAAGUAUCCACGAGUGGCAAAUAUGUCUUCCGGAUGUACUUCAAUGGCUGCUUCAGAAAAGUCAUCAUCGACGACCGACUUCCAUCUUCGGCAAACACCCGAACUCUAUAUGUGGUGGAUCGAUUGAACCCACGGCUCCUAUGGCCUGCACUCAUGGAGAAAGCCUACUUGAAGGUGCGGGGAGGUUACGAUUUUCCUGGGAGCAAUUCAGGAACUGAUCUGUGGGUUCUCACGGGAUGGGUACCACAGCAGCUCUUUCUCCAGAGCGACGACAUCGACUUCAAUCAGACAUGGUCAAGAGUCAAAAAAGCCUACGACUUUGGAGACGUCGUUAUCACCCUGGGGACUGGUCGUUUAUCUGAAGUAGAAGAAGAAUCAUUAGGUUUGGCGGGUGAACAUGACUACGCAGUGCUCGAUAUGUCAGAAGCAUCAGGGGUUCGCCGCUUUCUUGUUAAGAACCCUUGGUGUGACGGCCUUGUCUGGAAAGGGGCAGGUUCAUCAUCUCGACAGGCUGAAGAUCAUCCUACCAAGCUCAAACCUGGGUCAUUCUGGAUUGACUUCGACGACGUGGUUCAGAACUUUGAGUCGCUAUACUUGAACUGGAAUCCGGCACUUUUUACUGAGCGCCAAGACCAUCACUUCGUUUGGCAGCUACCAAUUCCGAGCAUGGCCGACUCCUUUGCUCAUAAUCCCCAAUACUCGAUGAGCACGGAAGCUUCGGGUAACGUCUGGAUUCUGCUUUCACGGCACUUCCAAGAUGACGAGCUGUCAAUCGCCAAAUCCCGCACCACAGCAUCAAACCUGGCAGAUGUGUCCAAUCGCUUGGGGUUUAUGUCUCUCUACAUAUUUGAUCAUGCUCAAGGAAAACGUGUGCCACUUGGCGACAAGUCCCUAUACCGCGGUCCUUUCGUCGAUUCGCCCCAGACGCUUGCCCCUUUGGAAGUGAAGAAGGGGGUGAAGUACACGAUAGCUGUAGCGCAGCAUGGGCUGCCUCUGCCAAAUUACAGCUUCACGUUGUCCUUUUUUUCGAGGAGCGCGCUGCAGAUUGCACAGGCACUCGACCCCAUGGCACACUACACCGAGACCCAGAGCUCCUGGACCCGCCGCACCGCAGGCGGGAACGCGGCGAGUCCAGGCUAUCUCAGCAAUCCGCAAUUCGCCAUCACCGUCCCUAAACCGGGACCGCUGUCGAUACUGCUAUCCACCGCAUACGAGGACCUGCCCGUGCACAUCGAUCUGGUCUGGGCCAAGGGCCAGCGCGUCACGGCGCUCACGGUCCGGGACAUAGUCGGCUCAUCCGGCGACUAUCGCCGCGGGUGCGCGCUGGCGUACAUGGCCAGCGUCGACGCGGGCACGUACACGGUCGUCUGCAGCACCUUCGAGCCGGGCCAGCUCGCGGACUUCUCCCUGCGCGUCGGCAGCAUGCAGCCCGUGGUCAUCGCGCCGGUGCUGAGCGACGCCGCGGGCAAGCUGCGGACCGCGCUGGCGCCGCUCGUCUUCCGCGGGCCCGACGACACGAAGCAGCGCGCCCCCAUCAGCGCGCCCCGCCUCACCAGGGCCAGCGUCGUCAUCACGCCCGGGGUGCGGCACACGUACUCCGGGGUCUCGACGCCAAAGUCCAACACGGUGCGCCUGCGCCUCGAGACCGGCCGCGCCCCGUACAAGGAGAUUAUAGCCACCACGGGGGACGGGGACUUCAAGGAGCUCGGCGCCGCCGGGCUGCGCACGCCGGAGUUUGACCUCGAUCCGAAUAUCACGCGGCGUGGGCUGUGGAUUGUCGUUGAGCAGAUCGGAGGUGGCGGCGGCCUGAGCGGUGCAGGAGCCGGCGGGUUGAAGGUAGAAGUGCUGAGCGAGGGCAGCGUUAGUGUUGGCGGAUGGGAAAGUAUUGACGACUAG